AUGUUAAGGAAUUGUUUUCGGCCUGCCCGUGUCUGUUUGUUGUCAGCUAAAUAUGGCCUGGAAGGAUAUUUAGUGUACGCAGCGAGCCAGACGACCAUCAGCUGUUUUCAGUGCAGCGCGGGUCUGUUCGACUCUAUCACGUCUUCUAUUUCCGGGACCAACGCGUGUCUCGAAAAGGCCAACGACCCAAACACCACUGUGCCGACCGUCACCGGCUGCCCCGUUACGUCUAAAUGCUUCACCAAGCUCAAGACUAUCCUUGGCUACGCCCACGGUGUCGAGCGCGACUGCUGGGACGAUGAUGAUGAUACCUGUGACUCUGAGGUUAGCAGUGCCUGUGCCAACGCCGUCGGCACCGGGACCUGCAUCAAGUGCUGCAAUACGAACAGGUGCAACUCUGGCUUUGCCCAGCGGACCGGAGUACUGAACGGAGCAACCGGAGUGCACGGGUUCUCUGUGCUGGCCCUGCUGCCGGUCGCCGUUGCCAUGUUCUACUGAUGCCCCUGUCUCUAUUAUGCUCAUGGGGCUGCUAGUCGCAUAGCCUCUAUCAGGCCCCUUGGGCUGCUAGAAAAUUCCCAGAAGUUGUUUGAAUAGGGUGAACAAUGUGCCAGCGAAGUUAGACUGGGUAGACUCCACUAAUCUCCAAGCAGAUUCGGUAGGGCCUGUACCCAUUGGCCGCCCGUAUCCUACGUUGAAUACAGGCAGUCAAUGCCAUGGGUACAGGCGGCGAACAUAAAGUCACCUUACGUCACCGAAUCUGCUUGGAGCUUAGUGGAGUUCCACAUCAAGGGUUGUCAAUAUGUAACCCAAACGAAGGUACCGAGUAGCUCCUCUGGCAACGAGUCUGCCCUUUUUGACCAGUUUCUAGGAAUGUUUAGUUAACCUCCAACUCCAAGACAGUAACUUCAUACAUAAGAGCAACUUAGAUGUAUUGAAUUCCGAGCAGUUCUCUCACGUACCGCUAUGUGGCGCGCUUUCUUGUGAAGCAUGUCCUUUGGGAGAUCUUCGGAUUGUUGAACAGGGCAUGUGGAAGAUUUCAGUCUACUAUAGCGACGGUACAGUGACACUGCACUGCGCAUGCUAGCCUCCACCAGGCCUUUCUUAAGUUUUACGAAUAGUAUCAUUCGGCAAACAUGCAUAGUGUGAAUAAUUUGGCCACGGGAGUCAGUCCUACACUGGACAAACUUCCCUGGCAAAUUAUUGUCCGUGUGUGGCUAAAUUUUUAUAUUUUUUCAGCCCACGUAGUUAUUCUAGUGGAGACUGCUGCAUUAUGAGCAUUAUGAGUGAUAAUGACAACGCGUGUCCGUGAAAUUGCCUGCACUGUGCACACGCCACGAUGUUGUUGUUGCUUUGAUAAAUAAAUCGCUAGUAUUGGCUUUGUCAUGGUGAAUAAAAAGG